GCGGGAGGGGGGGCGAUGAGGAGCUCCCAGCAGACACCGCGGCGCGCUACUUUGGGCGCGCAAGGCCAACGCUGUAGUCGCGAACAGCGAACGUCGAGCAACAACAACAGCAGCAGGAGCAACAGCAGCAGGAGCAGCAGCAGCUGUUGCUGUUUGUCGUCGUCUGUCGUUGUGUCGCCGUAACAACAACACCAACAACAACAACAAAACAGAUUUUAAGCCGUUAAUGAGUGGCGGGUCGGGCGUCCUCGUCCCAAGUUGCGCCAAGCCACUGAAAGCGUUCGCGUCGAAGCGAGCCCGGUUGAUUGAAGGCCGCGACGCGGCUUUAGUCUACGGGGCGACGUGGACGCGGCGCCUUCCCCAGGACUCUUUCGUUCCGCGCAGACACCGCCAUGGAGGACUCGGCGGACAACACGACGGUGAUCAAAGUCCUGAACUCCUUCCACAGCUACCUGUCCCAAGUGGAUUUGAGCGGACACGACAACAGCACCACCAUCCUGUCCAAUUCCAGCAAUGCCCUGCAGAGCCAGUACCUCCGCAGCCUGCAGGUGGAGGAGCAGGUGGACCAGAGCCACUUGAAGUCCAAGCUCUACCACCUGGAGUGUGAGAACCAGAAGUUGGCUCUGUCGGCCAAGCGAGCACGCAUUGAGACGGAGCUGGAGCUGAAUACCAGCACUUGCAACUACGAGCGCGAGUUGAGCAAGAACCGGGAGCUGGCACUGCAGUUGAAGCAUGCACAGGAGCGCGAGGCGGAACUGCUGGCCCAGUUGGAGGCGGUCGCCGCCACCUCUCAUCGCCACUGCGACGCCGAGAUCCAGCGUCUCACCAAAGAUAGGGAGCAACUGCUGCAGACGCAGGAGAAGCUGAACGUUGCCGAGUCGAAGGUGCUGGAUCUGCAGAGGGCGCUUAUGAACAAGGACAUGAAGAUGACAAUCUUGUCCUCGGACCACGACGAGGCCCAGAGUCGUCUGGACGAGCAAGAGCGACUGUGCCAGGAGGCGAAGGAGAAAGUUCGUGAGCUGGAAGGGGUGCAGGCCCAGUGCGUGGAGCUGGAGCUCAAGAACAAGUCCCUGGAGCAGCAGCUGCACAAGAUGGAGGAGGACACGGUGGUGGUGCGGAGCAUGCGCUCUCAGCUGGCGCGACUGUUGGACGCUGAGAAGCAGAACAAGGCCCUGCAGGAAGAAAUCCGCUACCAUCGAGAGACACAGGAGAAGACGGCGCUGCUGAAGGAGGAGGUGCUUAGCCUGCGCUCCAAGACGGAGCGCUUCCAGCAGCUGCAGGAGCAGCACGCCCACCUGCUCGUGGAGAACGAGGAUUUACAGAAUAAGCUGAAAACCUGGGAGUCGCUGGAUCAGGUCACCGGCAUGAAGGCAAAGAAUCCGACCGAUCUGAACAGGCAGCUGAGCUUGCUGCAGCACGAGCAGUUGCUGCAGGCGCAGAAGAACUGCAGCAUGGGUGCCACCGUGCGUGACGCGGUGCGCAACCGCCACCGGCUGGAGGAGGAGAAGAUCCGCCUGACGGCGCAGCUGCACGAGGCGAUGGAGCGCAAGCAGCAGGCAGAUAACCAUGCACAGAACCUGCAGCGACGAUGCAUGCUGCUUACUCGGGAGCGGGAUGGGAUGAGGGGCAUCCUGGACUCGUACGAUGAGGUCACCACCACCACGGGCUUCACCACCCAGCUGAGCCAGCGCGUGCGCGAGGCGGAGGCGACAGCGCAGCGCCUCAACGCCCAUACCCUGGAGCUCGAGAAGCAGCUGGGAACAACGAAGAUGGAGACCUUUAACUACAAGCUGAAAGCUCAGAAGCUGGAGGCAGACUUGGCUCUGGAGCACAGUCGGGUGUCGGCGGCCGCCAGGGAUUUCUCGCGGGACGAGGCCGACCAGCUGUGCAAGAAGAUCGAAGACCUCCAGGAGAAGCUGAACACUGUGACGGAGGAAAAAGGCGUGCUGGAGAUGAGGCUGGAGAUGCGGAGCCUCCAGGGAGAUUACGACCCGAGGCACACGCGCGUGCUCCAGAUGAAGAUGAACCCGCUCGCAGCGGCCCAGGAGGAGCACAAAACCGAGCUGCUGCGGCUGCAGGACGAGUGCGACCGCCUGCGCGAGCGCGUGCGCCAGCUGGAGCAGGGGGGCGCCGUCGCCACAGCCGCCCCCGCCGAGCAGCCCGGCGACUCGGAGAGCGCCCUGCCCUCUCGCGUCAUCGCUGAUCUCAGGAAGCAGCUUGAGAGUGCAGAACUGAAGAACCAGCGUCUGAAGGAGGUGUUCCAGAUGAAAAUUCAAGAGUUCCGGAAUGCCUACUACUCGCUCACAGGAUACCAGAUGGCCGUCUCCACCGAGGGACAGUACAAGCUCAUGUCCAUGUACGCCGAGAGGGAGAACGACUACCUCCUCUUUAAGAACGCAGGGCAGAUGCAAUUGCUGGAAACGGAGUUUUCGCAAAGUUUGUCAGACCUCAUCAGUCUGCACCUGCACCAGCAGAAGAGCAUCCCGGUGUUCCUGAGCGCUAUCACGCUCGAGCUCUUCAGCCGGCAGACCUGCCCCACCAUGUCCCUUGCCCAACACCUGCCCCAAUAAUGCCCUACAUCUGCCCACACCUGUUUAAACUGCCCCACUCCUGCCCGGAUUAUACCCAAUACCUGCCGCGCGCAUGCCCCAAUUGCUUCAUGGUUUAGCCAUUCCGGUGCAUAUGCUGUCAAUAAAACAUUGCAGCAAAUCACCCUGAGUUGGUGGAAGUUCUCGCUGGCUUUUAAAACGAAGUCUAGGUGGCAGGCAUGAUCCACUUUUUGCUGCUGCUUCUACUGUUUUUAAGUCUUAUUUUAUCCACUAUAUGUCAAGUACUAUUUUUUUCGCAGUACAACGAAGCACCUCUCAUGUACUCUUCCCGUUAUCCGUGUCUCGUAACCGCGCUUCAGAUCUUCCAAAUAUCGGUUCGAUGUAUCUGGCUAUGAUAUGAACCUUUGAGUGGAGUGGGGGGGGGGGAGUAAUCUGAAAGGGCAGUAAAACCACUCGGAGCCAGAUUUGGGGGAGUCGCUCCAGUUAUGGGGGGGGGGGGGGGGGGGGGUGCCCGGCAUACUGCAAAUAAUACAUUAUUACUACUGUACCUUUCAAUUGCAUUUACAGGUCAUUAAUACGAAACAUUUGAAAUUGGAUAAUGGCGAUACAGUGCUGUACUUGCAAUUCAAUGACAGUAUAUUUUAAUACUAUUUACGAUCAAGCAGAAGGCUCAUUGGGUGUCGAAGUACAUACACUUUUCUGGUUGGUUUGAAGAGUUUGUAAUGAAGUGAAAAAGGCAGAGCAAUAGCAGAACGUGGGUGAGAGGCGUUUCAAAGGCACUGGUUGACCAAAUUCCACGGGACAUUUAACAUUUUUUAAAGUUCACAUCCAUGAUAAAUAAACUACUGUACUGUACAAAUAAA